UGCACAUAGAGGCGCUGAUGGAUGAAAACACAUACGACGCGAUGACCGCUCUCAGGGUUAUCGAGAUAUUUCCUAGCAAAAUUCAAUUUCUUAAAUAAAAGUUAAUAGCUAAAACACAGAGAGCUUUACUUUUUUAAUUUAAUAUAUGAGAUACGUGUAAAUGUAUAUCUACAAGUCAUUUAUUUGAAAAUCUAGUGAUCUCUGAAUCCUCCCCUUAUACAGUUGGCAACAGCAAUUUAACGGACUGCUGGCAGUGCUGGCGGAUUUGAAAGUUGAGCCGGUUUGUUUCACAAACGUGCACGAACGUGACAAACGGGAUUAUACUCUCUAUUCGACGAUAAUGUCGCUUUUACUUGAUAGAACUCGAUAGACAGACUUACCGGAAUCGCCGUACAGCGUGCAGGACCGGUAUAAUAAAUGUGAAUGUGCAACGUGAACGAACCUCGUUGCCCUUACCUCUCAUCCUCACCGAAAUCCUUCACAUGUUCGACUGUGUUGACGUUGACAUCGCUUCAUCUCUUAUCUCUCUUAUGUGUUUAUUUCCUUGACCGAAGACUGUAGCUGUGGAAAACUUCGAGGUCUUCAAAGUGACACUCGCGAAAAAUAAAAGGGACGUUAUUUUAUAGUUAAAUGAGAAAAUAAGGGACACUGGAAAUAAUGUAUAAUUGGCACGUGGGAAAUUCGGUGUGCGAUUCGCAAAACUUUGUUCUGCAACUCUCCGAGGAUUCUGUUGCUACCUCCUCUACCGACGACUCUUCGCUGCAACGUUACUUUACCGCUACAAAGAAGUACGUCGAGAAUGACGUUAUUGUGAUCAGCGACUCCAGUUGCGGUUCGUCCCCCGAGCACACCGAUGUAUCAAAAUGGAAAUCGACUUUAACUUCUAGUCUUCAGAAUAAAGAAUAUCGGAAACUACAUCUUUUGGAAGUUUCUUCGGAUAGCGAAAAGGAAAGGGAGUCCGAUUCACCAUCAAGAUCCAACGAUAAAUUCUCAAAGAAGAAAUCUGUAAGCAAGACUGUUGUACAAGUUGACAAGGCAUCUAGCGAGGCAUCAUUAAUUUCCAAUGAUUUAACUUCUGAUAGAUUAUUCGAUGCCUUACUAGCUUCCAGUAAUGCCUUAACUAAUAACAAAACUGAUAUUGGUAGCAGUGUGAAAUGUAAUGGAGAUCAAAUGAGUAAAUCCAAAAGAUUCACUGAUAAAUCUAAGAGACAUAUUGAUAGAAGUCCUAUGUUAAUUACUGAUCAGGAAGUGAAUUCGAAACUAAGAGAAAAAUAUAAUACUGAAGAAAGAAAUGAAUUAAUUAAAUCAACAUGUGCCACAUACGACAAUCCUAAUGUUCUUGGUAAACAUCUGGUUUUCAAUACUCCAAAGCAGGACAGCACUGGAAAAGCCAGGCUUAAGAGGCAUGACAUGCACAGAAUUUUGCAGAACAUAAGGUAUACGCAAGUCAUGUACGAAUCUCCUAGAGAGAAGAAAGAAAACAAUGUGAUAAUUGACGAGAGCACAGACAUAGAAGAGGACAUGCUGCAUCCAGCUAUAUCGCCCAAUUGCAAUAGAAAAGUGCAGCAUGCUAAUGAUAGCGACAUUAUUGAUACCACUCCUAAAAAUGCUAUUUUACAAGUGAAUUCGGCCGAAUCAUGCAAGUCGCAUUUAAAUAUAUCAAGGGUGAUGGAUUCCUUCAGACCUCUCUCUGAGAAGAAAAAGAAGGAGAUCAGGGAGUGGCUACUGACAAAUUUUUCUGACUCUCAGAGUGACGGUUCCUUCAACACCGUACCUCCGAGUGCCAGAAACAGUAACUCUGGAAAUAGCAGCCUCGAGAGAUUGGAGCAGACCUACGAAACUCCAAACAACAGAGGGAGAAUCAACAAAACACCGCGGACCGACGAGAGGAGACAAAAGACAAUUGCAAAUUCUGACAAUGUGACAGUUCAUUCACUCCUGACGCGUCCAAAAACAUUGGAUCAAUAUUUUAAACAAACCAAGAAGAGUUCUGAAUAUUGCACACCGGAUAAUAAACAAAGACUCUUGCCAAAAGCGCAAACAGAGACAACAAAAGAGACAACUUUAUCGGUAAUAAAUACAUUUGAAACUAAAACUGUAACAGACUGUGCGGAUAUUUUAGACAAACUAUAUGGUACGUCAUGGAGAGAUAAAGCUAAUGCAGUGCUUUCAACAGGGAAACCCAAGAAACCAUUUAUUCAAUCGACAAGUAGGAUUGUUCAAACGGAACGGAAACCUGUAUCAAAGAAUCAGUAUCGUGUAGAUUUGAACAAAUCUGACAUAGUUGAAAAUAAUAUUAAACCAAAUCGAGGAAGGAACGUCCAACGAAAACAAAAAAAAGUGAAUGAUUUUAUCAAUGAUGAUUCAUUGUCAAGUAACAGUAGUGAAAGUAUAUAUCACAGUGCGUUAACGAAUCCUACAACUUUUAUAAGUAGUACGACCAAAAAAUCCGUAUCAGUACCAGCUUCAAUUAAACGGCUUCAGACAUUAUGCGAUACGGACACUGAAGAUGAAAUUGAUAAAUCCAGCAGUCCUAAGAGUUUACAUGGGAGAAAACUAUCAUUUAGCGACGAUGAAAGUUCGAGCACGAGCGAAUUUGAUCCUGGAGAUUAUGUCCCACCAAAAUUCACGAGUAACAAAGUUAAUGGAUCACAAUCGACCAAAGUAGCAACUAAAUUUGAAUCGACUAAGUCUGUGGGAUGCGAAACUUUUCUAGCGUCUCUAUCAAAUGCAGUUCCAAUGUAUCACGCUCAUCCGAAUGCAAAGAAAUAUAGGCUGGAUUAUAAAAAUAAUAAGGAAGAGUUAUGUAAAAAAUUGUACGAACUGUACAACGAGAAGAUAUUUGAUAACAAAUUGCCUGGAGAUAUGUUGAUUGAAUGGAACGUUCGUAUGAGAGGAACUGCUGGAUAUUGUUACAACAAAAAGUCUGUAAAAAGUCUUGGUGGUGUCAUUAAAUCUUCGAGGAUUGUCUUAGCAACAAAGAUUUUAGAUACGCCAGAUAGACUAAGGGACACUUUGAUACAUGAAAUGUGUCAUGCUGCGUCAUGGAUAAUAGAUAACGUUUCAGAUGGUCAUGGACAUUUUUGGACAAGAUGGGCUAACAAAGCAAUGAAGACAUUUCCCGAAUUGCCACCAAUUCGUCGUUGCCAUAAUUAUGAAAUUAAAACUAAAUUUACGUACAAAUGCACAAGUUGUGGAUACAGUAUUGGACGACAUUCGAAAUCCUUGGAUAUUGAGAAAAAACGAUGUGGGUAUUGUUUUGGAAAGUUUGAGCUGUUACUUAAUAGGACGACAAAGUCUGGCACUGUGCAACAAGUGCAGACACCGAAGAGAGAGCCCACUGGUUUUGCGCUUUACGUGAAGCAGAAUUAUAAUUCGGUGAAAAAAGAGCAAAGCAAUAUGAGACACGCUGACGUGAUGAAGCUUUUAGGUCAGCAAUUUUCGGCAAUUAAAAUAGCUAAGAAAACUGACGUAACUAGCAAUUAAAAAAUGUCUCACGUUUGGCUAAAUAUCAAUUGUGUACAAUUUAAGUAUUUUAUAAGCGAUUUUGAAAAUCCCUCCUUCCUUGCAUAAUUUGCAGUUUUAAUUAGUAUUAAUUUUAGAGCAGGUUUUUAAAGUGGAUAAUUGUAUGUAUUUAGAUAUUUUAGAGUAAUAUUCUGCACGUUUUUCCAUAGAUUUUUAUAAAUGCAUACAAUUACAGUGUAAAUAUUACAAGAUACAUUUUAGAAGACUGAAUCUCUCUUUUAUCUAUUACAGGCACUGGAAUGUAAAAUAUAUUUUUUACACAUCUAAAUAUAAAUCCACUUAAGAUACAUUAAUAUGAAAUAUUUAUAUACAUAAUGCGACAAGAUAUUUUAUAACAUAGGUCUUAUUUAGAGGCAUAUACAAAUACUUUCUAAUUUAAGUAACUUGUGUUUAUAGCAGUAUUCAAACAAUGACAGCGACAAAGUACGCUUCGAGAGCGCCGCUUUGUCAUGUUAGACAAAAGGACCUGUACUAAUUAUCUUAAUAAAAAGUUUGAUACAAGA